AGCUGAGCCUCACUUCUCCUUCCACUCCAUCUCAUACAUCUAAUCUCAGAGCUAAUAUCGACCACCGCGAUUAAACCCGAUCGCGCAUCUCAACCCACCACUCAGCAUUAGACUUACUCAUAUCAAACUUCUCUAGAAUCUCCUUAUAAGAGUCUAGCGUAUGCUCUCACGUCUUCAUAACCUCUCCUCGCUGUUGCGAUCGCGCCAUACUUAGCAAGGAUCCAACUGCUAGUGUUUAUUUACUUCAGUGAUCCAUAGGCUUUGGCUCUCUCAAGCAUAUUCGCAACUCCUGGGGUCGUCAGACCUUCAGUGAGGAUAUUGAAGAUUGCCUGCCAUGGAGACAAACAUCACAGAUGCUGUUGAUCAUCCAAUGAAGGAUGCAGAAGCGCCUAAUGGGUUCAGUCGUACUAGCAACACCAGCAUCGACGACGAUGAUACGGCAUCCGAGGAUCCAUGCGAGGACGAUGAAGAUCCAUCACCUCAAGAUAUAACCUUCGACCAGAUGCGCCGUAGAGGUUUGCUGCCAACAGGCUGCUGUUACGAUGACCGGAUGAAGUUGCAUAUGAAUGCGGACUUUUCACCCAACGCACAUCAUCCUGAAGAUCCCCGUCGUAUCCACGAGAUAUUCAAGGCGUUCAAGAAGGUUGGCCUCGUCUAUACAGGCCCCGAGGCAGAGUUGCCAAGAAUCAUGCGGGAGUGUCCCACGCGUUAUAUGUGGCGCAUACCUGCUCGUGCUGCCACCCGAGAGGAGAUUUGCCUCGCCCAUCAUCCUGAUCACUUUAGAUGGGUAGAAAACCUUGACAAGAUAAGUUCGGCCGAGCUUCGAGAACUGACUAGGCAAUAUGAUCAAGGGCGGGAAUCUCUCUAUGUUGGUAGUAUGUCUUAUCAGGCCGCCCUACUUUCAGCUGGGGGAGCCAUCGAAACCUGCAAGAACGUCGUGACUGGUCAAGUCAAGAACGCAUUCGCCGUGAUCAGGCCACCAGGCCAUCACGCAGAGUUUGAUGCGCCAAUGGGGUUUUGUUUCUUCAACAACGUUCCAGUAGCAGUCAGGGUCUGCCAACAGGACUAUCCAGACAUUUGCCGAAAGGUUCUCAUCCUGGACUGGGAUGUUCACCACGGUAACGGUGUCCAAAACAUUUUCUAUCGGGACCCAAACGUCUUAUAUAUCUCUCUCCACGUCUACCAGAACGGUCUCUUCUAUCCCGGUAAACCCCCCAAUGAUAUGACACCGGAUGGUGGAAUCGACAAAUGCGGAACAGAAGCUGGCCUUGGUAAAAACAUUAAUAUCGGCUGGCACGACCAAGGCAUGGGCGAUGGGGAAUACAUGGCGGCAUUCCAGAAGAUCGUGAUGCCUAUCGCCAAAGAGUUCAAUCCGGAUCUCGUGGUUAUCUCUGCGGGAUUUGAUGCUGCUGAUGGCGAUGAGCUAGGGGGCUGCUUCGUUUCCCCCAGCUGCUACGCUCAUAUGACACACAUGUUGAUGUCCUUGGCUGACGGAAAGGUUGCAGUGUGUCUAGAGGGAGGGUACAAUCUUAAGGCUAUCUCAGUGUCUGCAGUGGCCGUUGCGAAGACGCUCAUGGGUGAACCGCCACCAAAGAUGGAAAUUCCUAAGAUCAAUAAGGAGGCUGCACGCAUACUUGCCAAAGUUCAAGCUCAUCAAGCCCCAUAUUGGGAGUGUAUGAGGGCAGGCAUUGUUCGCAUUCCUACCGACAUCCAGCCAACGAUAUCCAGCCGCCUGCACGACGUGAUCAGAAACGCUCAGAGGCAGGUUCUGCAAGCAAAGCACAACAUGAUACCUCUCUACAUCCAGCGCGAGCAUCUAUACAAGUCAUACGAGAACCAGGUCCUAGUGACACCAGGCCUCCACAAGGAAAAGAAGGUUCUCAUUAUCAUUCACGAUCCUCCCGAGCUUCUGGCUCAGCCAGAUGUUAUAGACAGAUCUGUCGAUCCUCACAAUGCCUGGGUGGUUGAUGGCGUAACAGACUACAUUGACUGGGCAGUUGAUCAAAAGUUCGGUGUCAUGGACGUUAAUAUUCCAGCCUAUGUCACCCACGACGAGGAAUCUGACUCUUAUGUACCUGGUUUCAAAGAGAAGGCUCUCUCGGAACAGAUCCAGACGUUGGUGUGUUACCUGUGGGACAAUUACUUGCAGCUCUAUGAUGCCAAUCACAUUUUCGUCAUGGGCGUUGGCAAUGCAUAUCUUGGAGUCAAAGUCCUUCUCAUAAACCGAGAUUGCAAGUCUAGAAUCUCUGGGGUGGUAAACUUCGCCAAUGGAACGCUCAGGCCAGUCAAGUCAGAGUUUGAUUCAGAUCUAUCGUCGUGGUAUAAAGAGAACUCACGAGUCUACAUUGCAGGCGAUCAUGCAUGCUGGGCUGAUCCUGAUCUGACUCGAAAAGUUAACAAGCGACGUUUCGGGACAGUCGUUCGUAGUCCAAUGUUUGGUCUGAACAAGAUGAUGGCGCAUCACGCCAAGGAGGCGCGGGAUUGGAUUCUCGAGAGGGUCGAAGAAGUAGCAGAUGCUGAUAUGACUGAAGAUGAAAAGUCAUAGAUGCGGUCUCGGAAACGAUGUUAGUUACAAGUUAGGAGAAGCUGGGUGUUCCCUUGUUUAGGGGUAAUGUUCUUGCUCUAGCAGGUCUUGUGAGUAGCGCAACCAGAGAUAGAGUCUGUUUUCCUUACGUGUGUUCUUUAUUAUAUACCUUUAGGCAGUGCCUCUGUAAUAGUGCCCUAUUUAUCACCUAUAGAAGUCCUAAUAACUGUCGCACGGAUAUGAC